AUGAGCUGCCACAAGGAAUCUACGCAGUUGUGUCCAUCCACAAGCAGCAGACGAGACUGGCACUGUCCAGUCUGCCUGCAGACGGCCAGAUUCCCCGUCCAGACCAACUGUGGACAUUUGUUCUGUGCUCCCUGUCUCAUCGCCUACUGGAGACACGGGUCAUGGUUGGACGCGAUCAGCUGUCCUCUCUGCAGACAAAAGGUCAGCGUGCUGUGCCACCUAUUCAAUGAGAGCCAGCAGUCGAAGAAGGUUCUUGGGGAAAUCACUGACUACAACAAACGUUAUUCCGGAGCCCCAAGAAAGGUAACCGACUACCUCUGCGACGCCCCCCUUCUUCUGCAGUUACUGGCGCGAGGCGUGGGCACCAUGGGAGGCCUGGUUGGGCUGUUUCUCUUCAGGGUGGCCCUGUGCUGCGUGGGGACCGUGUUAUCCAUCUCCUCCCCUCCUCUGGACCAGGCGUCCUCAUCAUCCAGCUCCCUGGAAACAGACCCCUCCCUGUGCGGACUGCUGGGGGUCCUGGACGACCUGGUGGUGGUCUUUCUGCUGCUCACUUGUGUUAUUAACAUCAACCAGCAAAUGGCGCCAGAGAGAGGAGAGGCUGCUCCGUCCUCACGGGGAGUAAUGGGGAAUUCACUGUGAGACAGAUGCAGCUGGAGAGCGUCAGUACAAGCUGUUCGACACGGACUUUCAUUGGAUUUCUUCCUUCUGGCUGUAGCUGGUUGGAUUAGUGGAUGCAAGAAUAUUGACAGCAGC